UGGAAACUGCUUAGCGAAAUGGUAACAAGUAAAACACCGGAGUGGCCGCUCUCAGGUUUCUCUCUGCUAUAACCUAACCUAAUCUAACCUAAUCUAACCUAACUUAUAUUGUGAGCGUGCGGUUGAUCCAGAAUUCAAGGUAUCGUUAACCCGGGUGACAAAGAGAAAGAUACGCGUGGGUGAUUCGAACAUUCGAAGACGAAAAUUCAAAGGAGACAGAGUAGGGCGUUUAUUGCCCCGGGCUGCAUCACCCGUGACCACGUUAUGUGAUUGCGCGCGAGCAAUUUAAUAAUCAAGAUGCUGAAAACGCUGAGACUUGGUCAUAGGCUCUGCCGGGUGCGUCGCGGAGGUCCAAAGGACCUCGCGAUGCGAGCGCAGAGGAGGCUGUUCCUGUCGGAGGCAUAUCGCUGCGAGGAGGCGUGGAGUCGCAGGCUGGAAUCGCCGCUGCUGCGCAAGCUCGACUCCACGACGAUGUACGUCCAGCUGGAGCAGAAGUACGGGAGCGUCGGCAAGGUGAGCGCCGUCGACGUCGACAUCUUUGUCAACGGCGUCACCGACAGCGUGUACGUCGACGAGGUGAUCAGGACCCUUCACAAUCUCCGGAGGUCUGUCGAGACGACCAAUAUACUCGACUCGACGCACCACGCUGUGAUACGGUACCUCCUGCAGCACGACUACGUCGCGGAGUUGCACGAGGUGCUGAACGACAGGCUCAAUUACGGCAUCUUCCCCGAUUACUUCGACUACAACCUGCUCAUGGAUCACUUUGUAAAGAGGAAGGAUUACGCAUCGGCGGCAAAGGUGGCGAGCUUGGUUAUGUUGCAGGAGGACACGGAUCAUCCAAUCACCAAUGCACUGUGCUUGUACGCGUGUCAUAAGUAUCUGGAGAAUCCUGACGAUUGGAAGAAGCCCGAGGUUCCAGUGGACACCUCCACGGAGGAGGUGAAGGUGCGCGUGGAUUAUCUGAGAAAUCCGUACUUCGACGAUCAUUUCGAUCUCACCGAUCCGAGGGAUCUCGUCGGCAAGACCCUGAGCUUUCUGGGGAAGCAUCGAGCGGACGCUAUUGGGAGAACUUGCCAAUUGAGGGGCUUAAUAUUGUUUAAGAAAUACGACGACGUGUUAAACUUGAUAGAGAAAUGGCUAGGGACGAUUCAAGACGGGAUAGUUUAUGAACAAGUAUUUGAAUUAAUAUCCAAAGACAAUGGUGGACUUGGAGAUCAAGAUGCUGAAAGGUUCAAGCUUGUAGAGGCUAAAUUGACCAUGUUGAAGGAGAAGCAGAAUCUUAAAGAAAGUUUCGUCGAAGCGCUGGAGAACCUUAUUAGAGCAGCUGUGGAAAAGGAGGCCGAAAAAGACGUAUCUAAACAAUGUCAGACUUACCUCGAUUGGGAGCGUGAAAGAACCUCUGUAUUAGAAGCACAAAUGAAUGCGAUAGAGAGAGAAAGAAGAAUUAGUAACAUAGAAAAGAUAAAGAAGGAUUUGGAGCAGAGAGAACAGCUGUUGACGUUCUUCGAUAAGGAGGAAGAGAUCGAAUUGGAAAUAGAGAAGAUACAGGAAAAAGAACGUAGGGAGGAUGAACGUAUCCGUGCCAUGCCCAACAGCGCAAAGAAAUUAAGAAAUUUGAUUGCUACAGAGUUCUACAUACCACCGGAUGUUAAAAGUAGAAGAUAAAGCGUACUAUAAAAUAAAGAGGUAGAGUUACAUGCAUAUACAUACAGUACAGAGGAUCAGAACGAAAAGAAGUCAACGAAACUGUUAUCUCAUUGUACUUUGAUAUUAUGCGUGUGGUUUUCACAUAUGCUUAUGAAAAUAAUUUUCAAGGAAAGCAUGUAUAAAAUAUUAAACGUUGAGUCUACCAUUA